AUGUAAUUAAAUUGGAUUUAAAUAAAGUUUCAUUCAAUAAACAUACUCAAUAUUGUUUUAGGAUUAUUACUUUAUUUGUAAGAUAUCACUUAAUUAGGAUCUUUAAUAUUUUUUAUGCUUAAUGGAAUGAUAAUGUUGACUGGGAUUUUGAUAUUGAAAAAAAAGUUAAUAAAUAAGAGUCAUUUACAAUAAUUAAUACUUAUAAUACUAAGUAUUCAAAUUACAUAUUGCUGUUUUCUUAAUCGUGAAUUAAAUGUGUGCAGUUAUUUACUAAUUAAAUUUUAAGAAGCACAAAUUAUAAAAAAGUAAUCAAGAAUAAGAUGUAUUUUAUAUCAUGUUGUCUAUAAUUCAGUUUUGUUUUCUUUAUUAAUAUUUCAUAAUGAAAACAUGAUUUUAUACAUAUUGGCAUUCUACUGUACUUUAAUUAUGAUUCCUAAAGCUAAAUCAAGUUUAUAACUGCAAAACCAAGAAUUUGAACUACCUUCUCAUUUAACUAAGCCAACACAAAGAAAUUCAGAAAUAAUGAAUUUAGUUUAAGAUACAAUAAGCAAUUAAUGGAUGAUAAGAUUAUAAAAUAUUCCAGUAGGAAUUAUGAUUGUUAAAAAAGAGAAUUUGUAAAUAAUGUUUUAAAAUCAAUCUCUGUUAUAAAUGUUUUAAGGAGUCAAAGAUGUUUAAUCAUAUUUAAUGAAUGAAUUAUAGUUUAAAUUAUAGAUAAAAAGGAAGAGAAAGUAAGUAAGGGAAUCUAGUAUAAGACUGACAAAACAGCAAACUUAAUUAAACAACAAUAGUUUACCUUAGUUUUAUAGUUGUAGCAAAAUUCCAAGUAUAAAAAAUAUGCCUAAUACUUUAAAAGACAUUUUAGUAGAAUUAUAAAAUGGAAAUUUGGAUUAGUUUUAAUCAAAGGAAAAUCAUUUAGAAUUAUUAGGUCAAACAUCAAAGAAUAAAUAAACAUAAUUAUUUGAAGAUGAUAAUAUUCGUAAAAUUUAGUGCAAAAUAUUUUGUGGUUAGAAUGACUAAGAAUAUCUUAUUAUAAUGGAUGAUAUUUCAUUGCAAAGUUAUUUAUAGAAAUUAGAAACAAGAGAAAAAUUCUAAGUUCGCAUUAUUGAUUCUUUCUCUCAUGAAUUGCGAACACCUUUGAAUAGUGCAAAGUUAUUUUUAGAUGCUCUCUUAAAUGAUCCAAAUAUCUUGGAUACUUAUAAAACUAAUUGUAUAGAACCAGCAGCUAAUGCUUUAAAAUUAUAGGCUUAUUUAAUAAGAGAUAUUAUAGAUUUCACUUAAUAUCAUUCUCAUGUGAUUAAGUAUAAUAUUCAAGAAUUUAAUUUUGAAAAUAUUAUUUAAGAAAUUAAUGAUAUUUUUAAACCAAUUUGUACAAUUAAAAAUUUAGGAUUACAUAUAAAUGUAAAAAAUUCAGUUCCUGCUCUUAUAGAUUCUGAUUUUGAUAGAAUUAUGUAAAUUUUAGUUAAUCUUAUAUCAAAUUCAAUUAAAUAUUCUGUAAGAGGAUUAAUAACAUUGGAAAUAUCUUGUUAUGAAAAAACUAUGACAUUUUGUAUAAAGGAUUAAGGAGUAGGAAUACCAUAAAAUAAAUUAUAUCAAAUUUAAUAGUUUUUAAAGUCAUAUAAUUAAAGUAGAGAUUUUUCUAGUUAAGAUGAAUGGGAAGGUUUUGGAUUACUUGUUAGUUAAAUGAAUUUGUUAAAAUUAGCUCCAUAAAACAAAAGUUAAUUAAGAAUAACUUCCCGUGGUUAAACAGAAGGUUGUUAAGUAACUUUUAAAAUACGAACUACUUAAUCAACAAAUACAUAGAUUUUAAGAGGAAAUACAUUUUAAAGAACAAGUUUGAAAUGUGCUUUUACUGUACCUGAUUUAUGUAUGGGAAUAUAAGGAAUUUUAAUAAUAAAUAAUCCUAAAUAAAAUGAUUCAAUUUUUGAUAAUUCUAUAUAAUAAAUUCCUAUAAGAUAACAACAUUCAAUUGCUAAUUAUUUCAAACCAUAAUAAUCAACUGGAGCAUAUAAUUAAAGUGUUUAAUAAGAGACUGAUCUAAUUGAUGAUUAAGAUUCAGAAAGAAUUAAUCUUGGAGAUAAUUUAUUAAAAUUAAAUAGUCAAAGUAUACACACUACUUUAUUAGUAUAAAAUAUUGAUACAAAUGAUAAAUAGCCUAAAAAAAGAAAGCAAUCUUCAUUUAGUAUAUCUGAUAUAGAUGCUUCUUCAAGUAAUCGACCCAAUACUCUUAUAUCUAGAUUAAUUUAAAGAGAAGAAAAGGAAAUUGAGAUGGAAGAAUAAUUUUAAAACAUAAGAUAUUAAUGCAAAUGUGCUAGAAUUUUGAGUGUUGAUGAUGAUAUCUUUAAUUAAAAAGCAUUACAAGUAAUAAUUAAUUAGAUGGGUUUUCGUUUAUAAAUAGUAUAUAAUAUCUAUAUAUUUAGGCAUACAAUGGAUAAUAAGCAAUAGAAGUUAUUAAAAAAACAGAAAAAUGUUCUGAGUCUUGCGAAUUAUUUUAUUUUAUUUUAAUGGAUUGUUAAAUGCCUAUAAUGGAUGGUUGGACAACUACUAAGGUUUUAAUGGACAUGAUUAGAUAAAAUAUUAUUCCUGACAUACCUAUAAUUGGAUUAACUGCUUUUAAUUCAACUGAAGAUAUUGAAAGAUGCAUAGAGGUUGGAAUGAGGGAAGUAUUCACAAAACCUUUGAAUAUCAGUUCACUUAAAUAAGUAUUACUAAAGUUAAUUAAAUGA